UAAAAGAUAUAGUAGACAGUGACUUAUCUCCUUUAAUUUCUAUAACACACACAAAAACACACACACAGAAAACAGACAGUUCCGCCAUGGCAGCUAAGCUGUGGUCGUCGUCAAUCUGUGUAAUAACCUGUGCAAUUGUAAUAACAAUAUCCGCAGCGAAACCCCACUUCGAAUCCGACAAAAUAUCGAGUUUGCCAGGUCAGCCAAAUGCCGAUUUCAAUCAAUACUCAGGCUACAUCGCCAUUGACGAACACCAGCAAAGAUCGUAUUUUUACUACUUUGUCGAAGCAGAAACCGACCCUGCUUCCAAGCCUCUUGUUCUCUGGUUGAAUGGAGGGCCUGGUUGUUCAUCAAUUGGAGCUGGGGCGUUCGGCGAGCAUGGACCGUUUCAACCCAGUGGGAAUGUGUUGGUUAAAAAUAACUACAGUUGGAAUAAAGUGGCGAACAUGUUGUACUUGGAAUCACCUGCCGGAGUUGGUUUCUCCUACUCUGCUAAUAAAUCUUUCUACCAAUCUGUCGAUGACGUCAUCACAGCUAGAGACAACCUUAUUUUCCUCGAGAACUGGUUGAAAAAAUUCCCACAAUUCAAAGGCAGAGAGUUUUACAUCACAGGAGAAAGUUAUGGUGGGCAUUAUGUUCCACAACUAGCUAACCUUAUAAUCAAAUCCAAAUCAAAGCUCAAUCUCAAAGGCAUUGCAAUUGGAAAUCCACUUCUGGAAUUCAACACGGAUUUCAACUCGAGGGCCGAGUUUUUAUGGUCUCACGGACUAAUAUCCGAUUCCACGUAUAAUCAAUUCACUUUCGCUUGCAAUUACUCUCAAAUAAGAAGACAAGCCGCCACCGGAUUUCUGACACCGGUUUGCUCAGGUGUGAUAAGGCAAGUUUCGUCGGAGAUGAGUAGAUUCGUGGAUAGCUAUGACGUCACUCUCGAUGUUUGUUUGUCUUCCGUUGAACUUCAAUCUGAGGUUUUAAAUCAAUUGCAAGAGGAACGGAAAAUAAAUGUAUGCGUUGAGGACGAAACGAUUGUGUAUUUGAAUAGAGAAGAUGUGAGGAAGGCGCUACACGCUCGUCUUAUCGGAGUUAAGAGUUGGAGCAUUUGCAGCGAGAUUCUACGUUACGACAUGCAAAAUCUAGAGAUACCGACCAUCGGCAUUCUUGGUUCACUCGUUAAAUCCGGCAUUCGGGUAUUAGUUUACAGUGGUGAUCAAGAUUCAGUUCUGCCACUUACCGGAACUCGAACACUGGUCAACGGUUUAGCGAAAGACGUAGGAUUGAACACAACAGUGGGCUACCAUGCUUGGUUUGAAGGAAAACAGGUUGCCGGAUGGACACAAGUUUAUAACGAAUAUCUAUCGUUCGCAACUAUAAGAGGGGCUUCACACGAAGCCCCGUUUUCUCAACCAGAGAGAUCGCUCGUUUUAUUCAGUUCGUUUGUUGAAGGGAAGCCUCUACCACGAGCCAAUGGCAUCACAAAGCAAAAAGAUUCCCUCAUUAGGCUUUUUUAAUCCGUGAUUACACGAUAAAUUAUGUUCUUCGCAAUUGAAUUGUGCUUAUAUGCACACAAUAAUUUGCAAUUUAAUGAGUUAUUGAGU